CGUGGUGUGUUCCCCGUAAAUAUAGAUAUAUAUUGAUAGAUAGCAGCCUAUAGAUAUUUGUAUAAUGUGUUUCCUCAGUUCGCUGUGAGGCGCAUACAAAAGUUGCAGCUCGCGCGACUGCUAAUGUGUUAGCUAGUGCUCCAGUUCUCAAACGAGAGAGCCGUCUUAAGUAUGGAAACGGCUUAUAUUUGCUGUUGACAGACUGUAAACGGUGUCGUUGGUUUAAAAUGACACGGUGGGAAUGACAAGCUAGUGUUCACACGGAGUGGCCGUUUCUGUUUCGCCCGCAUACAACUGAAGCGGCGGUAUUUGUGUGUUCGGAGACAUACGCGUCGCUGUCAGCUCGGUCGUCGAUUUGGUUUUAUUCAGCUUUUGUUGUGUUUUUUUUUGUAUUCGCAUGGCUGAAGGGUAACUUGUGCUGGAGUUUUUGUUUUUUGUCGGAGGGGCGUUUACCGUGUUGAAGCUAGCAGGGGCUUUUUGACGGCUAGAUCACGGGCUGUCGGGAGUUUGACAAGCAGCUUGUGCUUAUGUAAUGCUGGCGAUUCCCCCGCUCGACCUCAAAAGACGAAUAAACAGUGGGUAUUCAGAGUGCGACGAAGUUUAUUUGGUGACACGACUUGUAUGCGUCGUCAUUACGGUGCAUUUCUGUGUUUUCUUUCUUUUUCGUUUUUCCACGAGUUGUUUUUGCGACUCGCACACAGUGUCGGAGCUGCAGCGCGUCUCGUAAAUCUAUUGAUCAUGGGGGAAGUUCAACGAAAAACUAUCGCAGAUGCCAUCUGAACGCUUAAACAGCUUGGGACUUGUAUAGCAAUGCAUUUUUCGUCAUAAAUCUUCUAAAGGAUUAAGAUAUGGACAGUGGACAAAAACGCAGCAGUAACAGUCCUGAGAAUUUAACUUUCGGGGAUUGUAUCGAGAGAGGCUUCGUGCCCGAUAUUGACAUUGAUAUUGGUGUCAGUGCGUCCGCUUUAAAUACGUCAAAAGAGUUCUCCAACGGACAGAGCGGUAGUGACGCUCAAAGAAAUCUCUCUCUGGCAGAUCCGUCUUUAAUGGGACGUAACAUACAAGAACCAGAUGUUAAGGGAUUCAGACCUUUCAAAAUGCAGCACCAGCAAAAGGUAAAAGAGCCUCUUAACAUUGGGGAGAACUUUUCGCUCUUGGACGAGAGCAUUGCGGACUUAAAUCGUGGUUCUGGCAUCCAGGCCCCUGACACUUUUGCAAUGAAAAUGGAGCAGUUUUCCCCCAUGGAGAAAGAUGGGCUGGACUUUCCAUCCUAUGACCACCGGAAUAAGGAAUUGGAUGUUAAUGAGAGAGUGAUUGGAGACAACACCAUUGACAUCCUUAAGGAUCUGGACUUCACUGACUCCCUAUCUGAGCUGAAUGAGCUCUACGUUGCCGACGAGGCUGCCUUUCUUUCCUCAUUGGCAGUGGAUGAAACCCUGCUGGGAGAGGGCAACUUUCUGAAGGAGACCAGCCCUGUUGUCACUGGCAGCAGUGCAGCCUGCGCGAAUGUGAACGGCACGGGGAAACGGCAGCAGAUGGUGGAAGCCAGUGUCAACAUAAAGACAGAGAAAGACACAGACUUUAUCCAGCUGUGCACACCAGGUGUCAUCAAACAGGAGAGUGAGAGGCGGAGCUACUGUCAGAUGUCAGGGAUGGGUGGGCUUCACGGUGGGCCCGCCGCUUUGGGAGAUAUGGGCGGACAGGGAUACCACUAUGGAGGCAACACUGCCUCAGCGGUGACUUUACCAGAUCAGAAACCCCCUUUCGGCCUGUUUUCUCCCCUACACACCUUAAGUGAUGGCUGGGGUCGAGGAAAUGGAUAUGGAGAUCCGUCUGGGAUGCAGAGAGCCAAUGAGACGGUACUUCCGUCCACCUAUCCAUACAGCAGCUCUAUGGCCAGGCCUGAAGCGAGCAGCUCCAGUUCGUCUGGAUCAGUCAAGCCCGGCGGAAACACCCAUAAGAUCUGCCUGGUGUGCUCUGAUGAGGCCUCCGGGUGUCAUUAUGGGGUGCUCACCUGUGGCAGCUGCAAGGUUUUCUUCAAAAGAGCCGUAGAGGGAUGGAGAGCGCGGCAAAACGCAGAUGGGCAGCACAACUAUCUCUGCGCUGGAAGGAAUGAUUGCAUCAUCGACAAGAUAAGAAGGAAAAACUGCCCGGCGUGCCGCUUUCGCAAGUGUCUUCAGGCCGGCAUGAACCUGGAAGCUCGAAAAAACAAGAAACUGAUGCGAUUACGGGGUCAUUCGUCCUCAAGCGAGCAGGCCCCAGCUCUGCCUGAAGAGCGCAUGUGUUCACUGGUGCCCAAAGCCAUGCCCCAGCUGGUGCCCACCAUGCUGUCCCUGCUCAAAGCCAUUGAGCCUGAGAUCAUUUACGCAGGUUACGACAGCACCAUCCCGGACACCUCCACCCGCAUCAUGACCACACUUAACCGUCUGGGAGGCCGGCAGGUCAUCUCUGCAGUCAAGUGGGCCAAAGCCCUUCCCGGCUUCAGAAACCUGCACCUGGAUGACCAGAUGACGCUCCUGCAGUGCUCCUGGCUCUUCCUCAUGUCCUUCGGCUUGGGCUGGAGAUCCUACCAGCAGUGUAACGGAGGCAUGCUGUGUUUCGCUCCGGACCUCGUCAUCAAUGAGGAGAGGAUGAAACUACCCUACAUGAAUGAGCAGUGUAGCCAGAUGCUGAAGAUCACCAGUGAGCUGGUCAGGCUUCAGGUGUCCUACGAUGAGUACCUCUGCAUGAAAGUGCUCCUCCUCCUCAGCACAGUACCAAAGGACGGCCUGAAAAGCCAAGCUGUGUUUGAUGAAAUCCGCAUGUCGUACAUCAAGGAGCUGGGCAAAGCCAUUGUUAAACGUGAGGAGAACUCCAGCCAGAACUGGCAGAGGUUCUACCAGCUCACCAAGCUAUUGGACUCGAUGCAGGAGAUGGUGGAGGGGCUCCUCAGCUUCUGUUUCUACACGUUUGUGAAUAAAUCUCUGAGCGUGGAGUUUCCCGAGAUGUUGGCGGAGAUCAUCAGCCAUCAGCUACCAAAAUUUAAAGACGGGAGUGUCAAGCCUCUUCUGUUCCAUCAGAAAUGACCGCCUUAGAUCAUAACAAUGCCUUAACACCACUCUUUUCUUACCAGCGCUAGUCCAGCCUGCCCGUGUUCCCCCAAAACGUCCCGAAUCAGUUGAGGGACACAGUCGCUUUUGCUUGAUUCUCAGAGGAAAGAGGUAAAGUGUGCUCUUCAGAAACGCUCAUGGAGCAGGAAAACGGACAAAGUCGUGUACUCGGAGCUGACAGAAUGUGACUUUUAGUGAUAUUUUCUCUACUUUUUUUUUGCAUGUACACUGCUGAAAUGUUUACAAAGGUAUAUCAAAAAAGGGAAAUGUGCCUUUUUUGCGCUUUGCGAAUCAAUUUCAAACAUUUCUCAGGCUAACGCAAUGAGUUUCUGUGGAUGAUUCACUUUCAUCACGUCCGCGUCUGCCCGUGUCUAAACCUGCCGCGGUGGUUCUCUGGAGGUGGCAGCUCCACAUUUUAAAGCAGCCCUUGAAACAUAAGACCAUAUUUUUGAAGUCUCAUCGAAUCUCCAAGCCUGGAGCCCCAUGGAAAACCACAACCAUAAUUUGAUUCAAAUCUUAAUCAGAUCCAUGACUGACAUGAAAUACUGAGUUGUUUCUGUGUUUUUUUUUAAUAGGUUCCGCUGAAAUGUAAUUUCUAGGGAUGUUAGGUCACCCAAAAUAUCUUCUAUUCGUUUUCCCCAAAUUCUUGCACUGUUUAUUCACCCUCAUGCUGUUCCAAACCCGUGGAACACAAAAGUCUUGUCAAAGUGGCUCAUCUGUGACUCAUUCGCUGUGUUCCAAGUCUUCUGGAUUCAUACGAUAGCACGGUGUGAUGAGCAAACCUAAAGCAAAGUCAUUUUUCACCGAAAAUUUCCCCAUUAGUGAGCUGGUGAGAACCAGAUCAGACUGGUUAAUUUAGACAUUUUAUGAUCAACUGAUUUAAUGUCAAAAUGUGACUCAAAACACACAUUUAUAAAUCAUUGUUUAGCACUUUGGGGGAAAAAGACCAGGAUUUUAUAUAUAUAUAUAUAUAUAUAUAUAUAUAUAUAUAUAUAUAUAUAUAUAUAUAUAUAUAUAUAUAUAUAUAUAUAUAUAUAAAUAUAUAUAUAUACAUAUAUAUAUAUAAAUAAAUGUUAACUAUUUUUAAAGAGUAUAUAUAUAUAUUAAUUAUUAGCUCAGGUUUACAUAAAAAUGACCAUUUUUAAUUGCAAGCAUUUGGAUAUAAAAGAGAGAGAGGUGAUGGGAAGUCACGAGACGGGUGAAUGAGUUAAUUUGGGGGUUAAUUUGUCAGAUUUCCAUCCAUUCAUAAUCAUAUUCCAAAGAGCAUAUCCCAGAAUUCCCCUGCUGUCGACUGCCCUGUGUUCAUGUCAUCCAGUAAAAUGUUGGUAUUCGUCUGAAGUUGCACAUCUGCCGACAUCUCAGACUUCUUCUGCCAUCCUUGAAAACCGUUUUUCAUUUGAAUGUUUUUUUGGAAUGCUCUCUGCAUAUUCUAAAUCUGGGAACUCAUAUGAGGCCCACACGUUUUGACCCACUUUUCUUGUCUUAGUCUGUGAUGUGUCCCUGUGGUGCCAAACCACAGAUGUACUCUUUUUGUGGUAACAUCUGAACAAAAGGAACAUUUGUUGCAUGUGUUUCCUCGACGUUGUGUGUCAACUGACAUUCGUGUCUACGCUUCAGGGGUUUUGCACCAGAUAUGCUUGAUUACCAAGUGUAAAGGAAUAAUUCAUUUGAAAAUGAAAAUUGUUUCAUUAUUUGCUUUCCAACGUGUUGGUCCAAAAAUUGGUCCAAAGUUCUGUGUGGAAAGAUUCUUCACAAUGUCGUCUUUUGUUUUCCACGAGAUAAAAAAAAAAGGCAUUUGGGUUGGGAAUGACACACAGGUGAGUAAAUAUUGGCAGAAUUUUCAAUUCUAUGAUAUUCCUUCUAGUCGUUUUGUUGCACUUGAGUAUCCUGCACAUUUCAGGAACUUCUUCUGUUGUCAUCUGAACAUCCAAACAUUGACCUAGCAACAUUAUUUUAAAGAUACCACUAUAUUUGGUUAUUUGACAAGAUUCAGAUGUUCAUUUUGCCAGUCUGGCCAUGUGCAGUAUUAAAACACCCAUGGCGAUCGGAGGGUAAAAGGUUAAUUUAACUACUCGACUUGGUUUGUGAGAUGUCGCAUUUUCUAUUUGUUUCACAGAAGGCCUUGCUAAAGGAGUGUGUGAGCCAUAAAACAUAGGUUGUAUAAAUCCAGAAGCAUACUGAAAUGUCUAGAAAAAUGUCUUUCGUUUAAUCACUGAUCAUUUUUAAAUGAGACUAAAACAAAAAUAUAGUAACCCAGAUUCUCUUUGAUAUAUAUAUAUAUAUAUAUAUACAUAAUUUUACAACAAACUUUGAAUACAUAGUUGAAUUGCUAUCUUUUUUUGUCAAGAACUGUAUUACAGAUGCACUUUUGAGAAAAGUGUCAUGUUGUGUGUAAAUGUACAUUCUAUAAAUCUAUAGGGAAUAUAUGAGUAAUCACUGUUUUAAAGAAUGACAGCUUACAAUGAUAAGUCGGGGAUGCAAGUAUAUUUUGUAUAGUGCAACAGAGUGACCAAAGCAACGCAGAUUUACAGAUAUUUAAAGCAGUUACAUUUUACAGUAGAAUUUACUACCCAGCUCUAGGCACUUUUGACUUUCUUUUAUCCUUUUCUAUUUCUUUUAUAAAGAUUUAGGCUUUGGUCUCAUGUAUGAUGCUGUAAAAUGAACUAGUAAACCUAUAAAUAAAGCUGUGUGUGUAAGUAACGUACCCGAGCCUGAGAGUUUGCACUACCCUAAUACUGGCCUGACAUAGUAUAUUUUGUACAAAAAUUCGUGCAGAUAUUAUCUUUAAAGAUUAAGGGCAAAUCAUAUUUCACUGGUAUAUGGCUUUCAUUAAAGUCUUUUUGGUUUUGUUUUGUUUGCAUUUCAGUUCUAUGUAAAAUAAUCCCAUGCAAAGGAUAUAAAAUGUCUGUUUGUUUGAAAAAAAAAAAAAAGAGUUUUGUAUGACUUCUGUAUUACACCUCUCCUGUAGUGUAGUCAAUGUCGAUCUUUACACAUAUUUGAUUAAAUGUUGGACAGAAUCUG